AUGGGCAUGCGCAACUGCCUCCACGGCAACAAUAUGCCAGGACAACACAAUAUCCCCGCUGAAGACGGCGAGCAGCCCGAGCAAGAACCUUUGGAGGCCGCAGGGGCAGCUGCCCCCGGUGCUGGGCCUGGCCCAGCCGAAGAAAUGGAGACCGAACCGUCUGACAAUGAGCCCGUCGCCGACGAGACUAGCACUGAGGUCCUUGGAACCCCUGAAGUCUCCAAAUCUGAGUUCCAGGGCCUCAACCAGGGCAUCGAGGAGGUCCGAGUGGGUGGAGACUACAGCCCACCUCCAGAGGAAGCCAUGCCAUUUGAGACCAAACAGUCCAGCCUCAACGAUUUCUGGCCCACCUUGGAGCAGCUUGGAGCAUCUGGGACCCAAGCAGGCAUCAAAGCCUUUAAUCCAGCGCUUUUGGAGCCCAGGCCCCCCAGUGGUGAGAACCCAGGCCUGGGAACCUACAGCCCCCCACCAGAAGAAACCAUGCCAUUUGAGUUCAACGAACCUGCCCAGGAAGACCGUAGCCAGUUGCGCUUGCAAGUCCCAGACCUUGCUCCAGGAGGUCCGGAGGCAGGAGUCGUCAAAGCUCUUCCCGCGGAGCCCGGGAACCUCAGAUCUGCAAACGCUGGCUUCCGAGACGACUACAGUCCUCCACCGGAAGAAUCUGUGCCAUUUGGGCUUGAGGGAGAAGAAUUUGGGGGCGAUAGCCCACCCCCAGGACUCCCCCGCGUCAUCCCACAAAUCGGCAUUGGCGGCGAGUUCCCGGCAGCCGCGGUCCCGAGGGCGCUCAGCCUCGCUCCCGCCGAGAACGCGCCUCCCCUCUGGGUCCACAGCGCCAUUGACAGACCAUUCAGCGAGGCUAUCAGAUCUCCUCCUAACUUCGCAUGCGACAGCCCCCCAAUGGAGAUCUCCAGACCCCCGCUUGAGAUUGGCAGAGCCUCCACUAGGGUCGACGACGACACCACUGUCAAUAUGGACGGCCCCCCAAUCGCAAGUGAUGGCCCGCCCAUCGAAGUCUCCGGAGCCCCAGAUAAGAGCCAGUGCGCAGAGAGACCCCCAGUUGAGCGAGAAGCAGCCGAGAUGGAAGGAAGCCCAACCACUGCAGCUGCGGAGGAAGGAAAAGUCCCUUCUCCGGAGAGAAGAGACGGAUCCUUCGCCGAGCCAGAAGCCAUGGAUGCCAAGCCAGCCCCUGCUGCCCAAGCCGUCGCUGCCGAACCUGAACCUGACGCCGCCGCCGCCAGCGGAUCUCCUCCGGCCCCAGCAACACCCACGGAUCUCCAGACCGAUUCUGAACAAGAAGUCGGAGCAGCCCCUGCUGUCCGAGCUGAGCCUGACGGAGGGGCAGCCCCGGUCGCCCCAGCCACCCCUGCCGAGCCUGAAGACGACGACGGCGGAGCAGCCAGCGGAGUUCCAGCAGCCGGAGUUCCAGCAGCCGAGCCAGCCUCCGAGGCAGUCCCUGCCACCAAGGCCGAGUCUGCCUCCGGGGCAGCCCCUGCCGCUCAGGUGGAGCCCGCAGUCGCGGCAGUCUCUGCCACCCUGGCGGAGCCUGCCGCCCGGGCAGCCCCUAUCACCCCUCCGGAGCCCGCUCCCCGGCCAAUCCCCACUGCCAGAGCCCAUCCAGCUGCCGGGGCAGUCCCCGGAGCCCCAGCAAUGUCAGCCUCCGCUAGGGCAACUGCCGCUAGGGCAGCCUAUGCAGGUCCUCUGGUCUGGGGAGCCAGGUCACUCUCUGCUACUCCCGCCGCCCAGGCAUGCCUUCCUGCCCGCGCAGCUGCCGCCGCCCGGGCAGCCUCUGCUGCCCGGGCAGUCGCUGCAGGCUACUCAAUCUCUGACGCCCGAGCAAUGGCUAUCGGCAGAACAAUCCCUGCCGCCCCAAGCAGGGCCCACCUUAGGCCCCCCAGCCCCGAGAUCCAGGUGGCUGAUCCGCCUACUCCGAGGCCUGCUCCGAGGCCAUCCGCCUGGCCAGACAAGUACGAGCGUGGCCGAAGCUGCUGCAGGUACGAGGAGGCGUCGUCCGUCAUCUGCGAGAUCGACUCCUCUAGUGAUGAGUCGGAAGAAGGGGCCAACGGCUGCUUCCAGUGGCUUCUGCGGCGAAACCGCCGCCCCGGCCAGCCCCGGAGCCACUCGGUCGGAUGCAACCCAGUGCGCAACUUCUUCGCCAGAACCUUUGGAAGCUGCUUCGGUCUCUCCGAGAGAUCCCGUUCCCUCAGCCCGAGGAAGGCCAAGGAUCCUUUCGAGGAGAGGCGCAAACAGAUGCGCAAAGAAGCCAUUGAGAUGCGAGAGCAGAAGCGCGCAGAUAAGAAACGCAGCAAGCUCAUCGACAAGCAACUGGAGGAGGAGAAGAUGGACUACAUGUGUACGCACCGCCUGCUGCUUCUAGGUGCUGGAGAGUCUGGCAAGAGCACGAUUGUGAAGCAGAUGAGGAUCCUGCAUGUUAAUGGUUUUAAUGGCGAGGGCGGCGAAGAGGACCCGCAGGCUGCAAGGAGCAACAGCGAUGGUGAGAAGGCCACCAAAGUGCAGGACAUCAAAAACAACCUGAAGGAGGCCAUUGAAACCAUUGUGGCCGCCAUGAGCAACCUGGUACCCCCUGUGGAGCUGGCCAACCCUGAGAAUCAAUUCCGCGUCGACUACAUUCUGAGCGUGAUGAACGUGCCCAACUUUGACUUCCCACCUGAAUUCUAUGAGCAUGCCAAGGCUCUGUGGGAGGACGAGGGAGUGCGUGCCUGCUACGAGCGCUCCAACGAGUACCAGCUGAUUGACUGUGCCCAGUACUUCCUGGACAAGAUUGACGUGAUCAAGCAGGCCGACUAUGUGCCAAGCGACCAGGACCUGCUUCGCUGCCGCGUCCUGACCUCUGGAAUCUUUGAGACCAAGUUCCAGGUGGACAAAGUCAACUUCCACAUGUUCGACGUGGGUGGCCAGCGCGAUGAACGCCGCAAGUGGAUCCAGUGCUUCAAUGACGUGACUGCCAUCAUCUUCGUGGUGGCCAGCAGCAGCUACAACAUGGUCAUUCGGGAGGACAACCAGACCAACCGCCUGCAGGAGGCUCUGAACCUCUUCAAGAGCAUCUGGAACAACAGAUGGCUGCGCACCAUCUCGGUGAUUCUUUUCCUCAACAAGCAAGACCUGCUUGCUGAGAAAGUCCUCGCUGGAAAAUCGAAGAUUGAGGACUACUUUCCAGAGUUUGCUCGCUACACCACUCCUGAGGAUGCGACUCCCGAACCUGGAGAGGACCCACGCGUGACCCGGGCCAAGUACUUCAUUCGCGAUGAGUUUCUGAGAAUCAGCACUGCUAGUGGAGAUGGGCGCCACUAUUGCUACCCCCACUUUACCUGCGCCGUGGACACUGAGAACAUCCGCCGUGUCUUCAACGACUGCCGUGACAUCAUCCAGCGCAUGCAUCUCCGCCAAUACGAGCUGCUCUAAGAAGGGAACACCCAAAUUUAAUUCAGCCUUAAGCACCAAUUAAUUAAGAGUGAAACGUAAUUGAAAAGCAGUUGAUCACCCACCAUAGGGCAUGAUUAACAACGCAACCUUUCCUUUUUCUCCCCAGUGAUUCUGAAAACCCCUCUUUCCCUUCAGCUUGCUUAGAUGUUCCAAAUUUAGUAAGCUUAAGGCGGCCUACAGAAGAAAAAGAAAUAAAUAGGCCACAAAAGUUCCCUCUCACUUUCAGUAAGUAAAAUAAAAGCAGCAACAAACAGAAAUAAAGAAAUAAAUACAAAAUGAAACAUUGUGUUGUGCAGCAUUAAAAAAUCAAAAUAAAAAUUAAAAAUAAAA